UUAAAUAAAAACAUGGCAAUAUAGUCUGUUUCAAGCUGGAGGAAGUACUUUGUGUGACGGUCAAUUCAAAUUCUUUUUAAUCAGUUUUUAAAGGAUGGCUUCUAAGAUGGUUUUAGAAGAAGCCCUUAUGUUGGGGGAGCUGAGCGACUUUGUGAUUAAAGUUAGGGACAGGGAUUUCAAAAUUAAUAGAACCAUACUCUCCAACAGCAGCUUGUACUUCUGUGAACUCUUCCACAAUAAUCCGCAAAUGACAGUCUGCAGCUUCCCAGAUGUUUCAGCAAGUAUAAUGGAUCUUAUUCUAAAAUAUGCUUACACGCAAUCUGUCCUGGUGUUGGAGAAUAAUGUGCAGUUGCUGUUGGAGGCAGCAGAGUGCUUCAAGAUCAAGGGCAUUGUUCGAGCCUGCUGCGACUUCCUGCUGCAGAAGCUUAGUACCAGUAACUGCAUCUGGAUUCUGACACUGGCAGACCGCUAUCUUUAUCCUGACCUGAAGGAAAAAGCGUGCCUCUUCAUUCUGCGCUACUUUGAAGAUGUUGCUCAGUACUGCCCAGACUUCUGUAAUCUCUCUGCAGAACAGCUAAUACAUUUGAUUGGAAAAACUGAACUAAAUGUAAGGCAAGAGAGGGUUGUCUUUGAGGCUGUCAUCCGUUGGAUCAACUAUGCUCCAGCAGAGCGGCACGGUCACUUGGUCUCCCUAAUGAGCAAGGUACGCCUAAACUUAAUAUCUGUUAACUACUUGGUUGACACAGUAAGGGUAAAUAAUCUGGUGAAGGGCAGCCCUAAAUGUAUGGCUAUGGUGACCAACACUAUGAGAAAGCUGCAGGCGUCCAUCUUAGUGAGACCUCUGGCCAGGGCUCGCCUACCCGCCGAAGUGCUGCUGGCUGUUGGAGGUUUUAACGACAAUCUACCAGCUAACGUGAUCGAGUUAUACAAUGUGCGCACCAACCGCUGGAGAACUGUGUACAACAAAGACAAUCUCUUGCCAGAGUUCAGUCAAUGUGUUUACAUCGACGGAUAUAUCUACUGCGUUGGAGGCCUCCUUGACCAUCGGUUUUUCAGCAGCGUGACAAAGUUUAAUCUUGCCACGAAAACGUGGGAGGAGGCCGGAGUGAUGCAUGAGGCUCGGGCCAAUCUGAGCGUGGUCACCUUGAAUGGCUUCAUAUAUGCCAUGGGGGGGUGGAAUGAACAAGAAACGCUGAAGUCUGCAGAACGGUUUGAACCCGGCACCAACCAGUGGACUCAGAUCGCACCAAUGGAACACAGGCGGGCUGAUGCUGCGGCUGCAACACUUCACGGAAAGGUGUACAUUUUUGGUGGAUUACUUGGGAAUCUGGCUCUGUCAUCAGCUGAGUGUUACACACCCACCACCAAUCAGUGGACACUGAUCACUCCAAUGUCGGUUGCACGGGGAGCAAUGGGAGCCAUUGCUUACAAUGAUCAGAUCUUUGUGAUUGGUGGAUGCAGCCAUGGAAGACGCUUGGCCAAUGUUGAGGUCUUCAAUCCUGCAUCAAUGACUUGGGGAAUGGUAGCCCAAAUGCAUUACCCCUGUAGUAACUUUGGUGUUGCAUUGCUGGAGGAAAAGCUGUAUGUGGUUGGAGGCAUCGACACCCAAGAUCUAACGUUGUGUACGGUGUGGUGCUUCGACGCAGAUAAAAACCAGUGGAAUUUCGUCAGGGACCUGGGUCGGCCUCAUGGAGCCGUCAGCUGCUGUUUGGUGGAGCGAGUCCCUCAUGCUUCUGCUUUUCCAUUAUAAAAAUGUGCUAAAAUAAACAAGAAUCUCCAGGAAAAUAUA